AAACGUCGACGUUCGCGGAACCUCGGUCAAAUCUCGCGAUCCGCGCUCGAAAUUCCAAGCUUCCGGUGCGUCUCGCGACCGAGGGAAACUCUGGACGAGAGGAGAUGUCCCGAAAGUGGUUCCACAGAGAAGACGACACGUUCAAGCCGCCAGACAUUCGAAGAUAGCGGGUCAAGGUCGCGAGGAGCUCGAACCUCCAGCGUCGUCGAAGUCGAUUCCUCUUCGAUCAGGGAUGAGGAUUCGCGGUUCAGGGCACGACGAAACGUCGGUAAGAUCAAGCAGAGCUUGAGCGACCGCGUGCAAUCGUCGCGCAACUUCGACAGGCCUAAGUUCAAGUUCACUUUCAGAGAAAAGUCAAGGAAAUCCGAAGAAAAUCCUGAUACCUUCAGGGUAAAAAGGAAAUCCAGCGAAGAGAAAGAACGUCUAGACGCUCCUUGCUCCAAGGACGUUGAGGAGGAGGCACAAGCACGCUCCAAGCUACACAAGAGCGAUUCUUUCCUCAGAAGAUUGGUAAGAAGCUCGAAGGAUAAUAUUACCGAAGGGUGCGAGAGAUUGGUCAGGAAUAUUCAAAAGAGUCCUCUUCUACGAAAAAAGUUUCAGUCUACGGACGAAGAGAGACCAGUGGCACCAGUCCGUAGAAAGAAGUCCAAACAGAGACUUCUGGAGCCCGAUUUUACCAAUAAACAGUCUUCCACGGGUAUCGAUCCUGAGCAACCUAAUAAUAUUCACGUUUCUGUCGUGUGCCCAAGCGCUGAGCUCAUAGAGGAUGACUUUCUGCUGGUUCACAAGGAGCCUCAGACUGAAAGAACCAAUCACUCGUUGAACGAAUCAACAACUAAAAUCUCCUCGACAUACUUUGUCGAGAACGAAGAUUCGUCUAAAAGCGUCUCGGUAGAAGACGUGGAGGAUCUGAUUCGAACGGAGAACAACCUCCGACUUUUGGAGCAACGUGUUCUCAUUAGAAGACGUCUAGAAAAAUCCACGAAGCUUCUGGAGGCGCUGCAAUCAGGCCAACGAAGAUCCUGGAGCGAAGAGAGCCUCGUCCACGCUAUAGAGCAGGUUCACCGUAAGUUCCACGUGGGAUUCCCCAUCUCCAAAGUCUCCAUAGACACCGUGACGGUAGACUGCUCGCCUAUAGCUCAUAGAAGAUUCGUCAGACCCAUUUGCAAUCGCGGAAAGUCGAGUAGCGGGCAGUCAAGGUCGCUGGAGUGGCGGGACAAGGUAGAGUGGACGUCGUGGAAAGCGAAACGAUCGCCACCGCCGGACGACUGGCAGGUUCAGAGGUCGCCGAGGCUCUCGUCGAGGCGUGAUAGCACGCACGGGUCAGGCGAUAACCACGUUCCGGCAAGGAAGUCACGAAUACAAGGCGACGAAGUGCACGCGCGGCUCACGUCGCUCGUAAAAUGCAAACUUGCGAAUUUCGCGGGCAGCGGUGGGGACGAGGAGGAGCUGCGAGACGGCGAGCCUGCGGAAGAACAAAGUAAACAGCGGCUAGUCGCGAACAGGCUGGACGAGAACGCGACUCGUCACCCUUCGACGCCUGUCUGCGAGCCAACGCACGGCUCACGUGUCAUUUCUGACCUCAGGAUAGAGUCUACCUCGGUGAACGAUGCUCUGGGUGACUCAGGCAUCGUGACAAUUCGCGUGAACCUCGGUGACUUAGAAUCUGACGCAAGAGAUGACAACCAAGGGGCCCUGAAGUCUGCUUCGGUGAUCACAGCUGAUCGUGGUAAAAAUAACGAGAGCAAAGGUCAGGGAAGAUCGGCGAAGAAGAAGAAAGUCAUCGGAUCUGGCUGCAAAGUUCCAGAUUGGAACGACUGGAAGAUGAAAUUCACAAUCAGGAUGAUUCGCAUCCGGGACAAACUGAUGCUAGGCCUGAGUGCCUUCGCGAUAUUGUUCACUAUUCUAUUGGUGAUGGAUCUGCAGAUGGAUCUUGGAUAUAGUGGACAUCAUUUAGUACCCAGCCAUGGGCGUGUUCGGGUCGGAGACGACCCGAAUACCGGUACGAUUUAUAACUUUCGCAGGAGAUAUUUGCAACGAACGAAUGCAAGUAAAGAGCAGACCAGUGGUGAUAUGUCCGGUACGACGCAGAAUAGUGGAAAGGAUGGUGAGAACGUAGGUAGGGAGUCGAGGACCGAGAAGACAGAGGUGCAUGAUAAUUUCCGGGAUUUGGUGGACCUCGUGGAGAAAGGUUAUGGUGUUAGUGUUUACGAAGGAGUAGCUAGGAUCAGUGGAGAAGACCAUACGUACAAUCCUACGAUUGGGGAGAUGAAGAAAAUCAGUCCAAAGAAGAACAGUUCGACGCUGGAGAAAUUUCACCUACAAAUUUCCAGGACAGAACUAUAUCCGCAGAACUCGAAGUACGUGGACCAAUUGUUGCACGAAAUCGCGACGAAGCCUAUCGUUCACGUUGUUCAAAAAGAGGGCGGCACGCAACUGAAACUCCAAAUAAAUUAUUCGAACAUGCAGGCUCUCUUCAAGCCUAUGAGGUUUCCACGAGAACAGCAAACUUUACCAAAUCACUUCUACUUCACGGACUUCGAGAGACACACAGCAGAGAUCGCAGCGUUUCAUCUGGACAGACUACUGGGAUUCCGAAGGGCGAUGCCAGUCACCGGUAGAACGUUGAACCUAACGACAGAGAUUUAUCAGAUCGCCGACGGCGAGCUGCUGAAGACGUUCUUCGUCAGCCCCGCCGGUAAUAUCUGCUUCCACGGCAAGUGCAGUUAUUACUGCGAUACGGCGCACGCGAUUUGCGGAAAUCCGGACACCCUUGAAGGGAGCUUCGCCGCGUUCUUGCCGGAUAAAUCUUUCGUUGCGAGGAAGGCCUGGCGACAUCCAUGGCGCAGGAGUUAUCACAAGAGGAAGAAGGCGCAGUGGGAGCACGAUUCCGAUUACUGUUCCCUGGUAAAAGAAAUUCCACCAUAUCACGAGGGUCGCAGGCUGCUGGAUCUAAUGGACAUGGCCGUCUUAGACUUCCUUAUGGGAAACAUGGACAGACACCAUUACGAGACGUUCAAGAUUUUCGGCAACAACACGUUCCCCUUGCACUUGGAUCACGGUAGAGGUUUUGGCAGAGCUUUCCAUGAUGAGAUCUCUAUCUUGGCCCCCAUCUUACAGUGCUGCAUGAUCAGACAAACAACUCUAAGCACCCUUUUAAAUUUCAGAAGAUGGGAUUCUGUUGGAGUUUCGAUUCGGUAAAUAUUAAAAGGAUCUGUCGUUCAGGAUCAUCAAUACCCUCGAAGACCAUAAUCGUUCAAAUGGUAUAAAAGCUGUUCGAUCAAGUCUUUAUCCUUCUCUCGGCGAAGAGCAGCGUGCUUUUCUACGUUCCCCUGUGACAUCGAGAAGUAGCCAGCCAGAAAAAUACUUUUAUCCGCGUGCUUCUUCCAGAAUAUGCCCUUAAGUAUACACACAAACCCACAUAUACGGGGUGUCCCGUUGGAAAACCAUUAUAUCAAUCGAUCAUAUGUAAUCACCCAACAUUUUCUUUACUUGUGCUUCUCUUCGCUUUUCUGUAAAUCGUCGAUAAUUCAAUCUCCAAGUGUGAAAAAAAUUCUACUAUCUAACAUUAAAAUUUAAUGACACGGAGAAGUCGAUAAGAAGGCUGAAGAAAAAAAGACUUUAAGACGUUUUUAGGUCAAUCCACAACAAUGAAAGAGAAGAAUAAAAUGGGAUAAGAACUCGACCAACCGACCCAAGUUCCACAAUAUGAUACAAAACUUGUACUAAAAAAUCUCCAUUCUCUACAUAAACAGGUAAGAGAGAAUAACUUUGAUAAGAUACAGACUUAGACAUUGAAGAACUAGCCAUGAAUAUCUGUCGAAGGAAUCAGAACCAGUUCUGCAACUGCUGCAAUCAGAUGCUAUUGACAAAUCAUUUGAUAUUUCUAGUAGUGCUGAAGAUUAAAUAGAUACAGAGAUAAAAAUACUCUCGACUAUUUCAGAGAAGCUCGAUUAUACUACGAACUCUCACAGCAGCAAGACGUAGAGGAAACGCAGAAGGGUAUAAAUAUAAAUACAAACCGGACACCAGUUUACCGAACAGACGAGACCAAGUGGUUAUUACACGUGCGAUAAUUAGCCACACCAGAUUCUUAUCUACUUAUCUACUCGACUUAUCUACUUUCAAAAGAAUCUGUAGCUGGAUGUACCCUAUGUAACCAAAAUCUUGCAAUGAAACACAUUCUCUUCGAUGGCGGUCACUUAGAAGAAAUUAAAAAACAAUUAAAAAUAAAAAACAGUAUCAACAAAAUCGUGAACACGCGUAAGAAUAUUAAUAAUGUAAUUUCAUUCCUCAAAGAAAUCAAAAUGUAUAUUUGUUGUGUGUCAAAUCGACACAGUGGUAACACAUCAAUAAAAUGAAAAGAUCAAUAACUAAUUUUACUCUUUGUCUUUCACAUACAUUCACACUGACUCUCCUUUAGAAAUAUGACGCUUCGUUCGCACGUCAGAGCCAAUAAGUUUCAGGAAAAUUGUUCUAUAAAUGUAGCCGAAUAAUACGAUCUUUUAUCGGAAAAGCGAGUCAGAUUGACACGAGGAACGAAUGAGAGUUAGAAGAAAACAAGUCUCGAAAGAUUUCGAAAGAUCCACGAAAGAUCAUCGAUCAAACACCGCAAAAAUGUAUCUAAUCCGAGACAUUCCUGCUCAAGAAGCCUGAAAAUCAAAUAGUUCACCCUGUACAUACGCCAUAAGUACCAUCUACGAGCCGUUUGCUUAGUCGAUACUUUAUUCAUUGCCUGUUCCGCAAGGAAGAGCCAGAUCCUCUAUUAUCGGACCGCGUCUCGAAAUCUCGCAGGAUGGUUCCAGCAAUGUGGAAAAUUUCAAACCGGAAAAAUAAUUUUUCCAACAUGGGACAGGAAGGAAAA